CUCCCCACCACUGCGCGCUUUCGUCGCCUGUGUGGCACACCUGACGCAACCAGCGGGAGCCUGGAGUCACCGCUCCCCUUCUGACCCUCGCUGCCGGAAUCCGCCUUAUGCUCUCGGUCAUGUGUUCCUGUAUGUUGAGCGGCAUUUGCCGCUCGGUCGCUGGAUUGUUGCGAUUUAUUACCGGUUCUGCCUCACCGUGCUCGGUGGAACUUCUUCUCCAGCUGUUUGAUGAUGUAAAGCAAAAAUUUUAACUCAACGGACCGCGUUGAAAAUAGGCUACCACAUCCAGGGUUGGAAAAGCUGACUGGUUGAGGCGACUAUUUUUUUUUCUUCUUCUUUUUUCAAAAUUUGAAUCACCUCGACAUUUGGAUUUGCUUUAGGUGACGGUCAUAUAAAGUGGCAUCGAUUUCCCCACGAUCUGAUUGAUUUAUGAUAUUUUACUGCCUCCUAGCCGACUGAAUGACAUCUCACUGCCCAUCAAUCUGCCCCAGAAGGGGGUAAAAAAAAAACUCUCUCCUUUGGUUAUUUUUUAAUUAGCAUAAAAGAUGGUGUUGAUUUAACACAGUCGAGCAAACAGCAUCUUUUUCCCAUGCAAAUGGUGCUCGAGUCUUUGAAUGAUGACUCUCAGUUAAAACAUACUUUGGGGUUUUGGUGUGAACAUCAUGAUGGAAAGGCUAUGACUCUUGAAAAUAUUUCAAAAGAAAAAGUCUUCCUGAAAUUCCAAUCAAUGAUGAUAGUCAUAGUUGUUCCUCAAAUGGUCUGCAGCAGCCGUCCUGACGCGUUCCCUCUUUCUCUCUCCUUCCUUCCCAUGCAGGAUUUUUCUUUUUCUUCCUUUUUUAAUUUUUUUGUUUUUUUUCGUAAAGUUUUGCCAACAUGCAUCGAACCACCAGGAUAAAGAUCACCGAGCUCAACCCUCAUCUCAUAUGCGUCCUCUGUGGAGGAUACUUCAUAGACGCAACCACCAUCAUCGAAUGCCUCCACUCUUUCUGCAAAAUGUGCAUUGUGCGCUACCUGGAAACGAGCAAAUAUUGCCCCAUCUGUGAUGUACAAGUGCAUAAAACAAAACCCCUGCUCAACAUUAGAUCUGACAAAACUCUGCAGGACAUUGUGUACAAACUGGUCCCAGGCCUCUUCAAAAAUGAAAUGAAAAGACGGAGAGACUUUUAUGCAGAGCAUCCUGUAGACGCUUCCAACGGUUCACAUGAGGAUCGUGGAGAGGUGGCGGACGAGGAUAAGAGAAUUAUCACAGAUGACGAGAUCAUCAGCCUCUCCAUCGAGUUCUUUGAUCAGACCAGACUUGUAGGCGGGUUGGAAGACAAGCAAACAAAAGAUCAGGUGGCUAACAAGAGGUACCUGCAGUGUCCAGCCGCCAUGACGGUCAUGCAUCUGAGGAAGUUUUUGCGCAGCAAGAUGGACAUCCCAAACACAUAUCAGGUUGAAGUCAUGUAUGAAGACGAGCCUCUCAAAGAUUACUACACAUUAAUGGAUAUAGCUUAUAUCUACACUUGGAGAAGGAACGGACCCUUACCUCUGAAGUACCGGGUCCGACCCAACUGUAAGAAAAUGAAGGUGAACCAGCAGGAGGGUCAGAACAAUGCAAGCAGGUCCGGCCCGGAGAGCGACUCCGCCAGCGACAAAGCAGGGAGUCCCGUCGGGGCUCCCUCCACCUCGUCGUCCCUGCCAAGCCCCGGGACCCCCGCGCAGUCCCCGCAUCCUCAGCUCCCUCACGGCCCGGCCAACAACAGCAGCGGCAGCGCCGUGAACGGAAGUCCAGGUGCCGUCUCCGCCGCGGCGGGAGCUCAGACCCCGAGCCGGUCCUUCAGCCAGUUCAGCGGCGGCGGCGGCGGCGGCAAGCCGCGGAAGGUGUCCCUGAACGGCUCGGCGACUUCAUCCGGAUGACGCGAGGGCUCCGGAGCCGACCUGCCAACGCCAGACUCCUACAUUUUCCACGCCAACGUAGUUCCCACUGUGUAGACAACGUUCUCUCUCUUUCUGUCUCCAUUCGUCGUUCUAAAUAUUAUGGCAUCAUUUGUAAGUUGAAACGUAGUGGAAUCAGAGACAUUUCGAAAUAAUAAUAAAAAAAAUAAGAAGGAUGAAA